CUUUUCUUAGCCUUUGCAGAAAUGUGGGAGUGAAAUAUUGAAUGAUCAAGACAAAUGAUCAUUUUACAACUAAAAUUUUCAAUUCUCUUCCCUCUAUGCCAAUCAAGAGAUUUUUAGUUCUUAUUCCUUUGCUUCUUUCUAUUUGAAAUAUGCUUCUGAUUAAAUUAAAGAGUGGUCUUCUGGAAGUAAUAAUUAGUCAUGUAAUGAAUUGCAAUAAUUGUAUCUGAUGUGAAUUGGUUAUUUUACUUUGAAAAAUAAUGAUAAAUGAGGCCAUUACUAAAAUGUGCUUAAAACAAAGUGGAAACUUCUUGUAAAAAUAAUAUGGCAAAUGGAAGCUUUCGGUGAACUAAAAAAAAGCAGCGACUUAAAAAUCGCAUUAUAUAGGAUUUAUUUGCAUAGCAAGUUCCCCAACUAUACACAUUUUUGCUUCUUCCAGACUCCAUUACUGCACAGCGAAGAUCAAGACAUGGAUUUCUCCACGCAAAUCGCGACGCAAUUGAUUCUUAGUGAGAUCAAUGAGAAGAAUGGCAAUGACGUUUUAAUGUCUCCUCUGUCGAUAAACAUGAUGCUAAACAUGGUGGCUUCUGGGUCUGCAGGUGAAACGUUGGACCAGUUCUUGAAGUUUCUUGGCUCUAAUGGAAUCGAUGAAUUGAGCGACAUGUCGUCUGAAGUGAUUUCUCUUCUCGCCUCUAACUCUAAUCGAUCAAAGCCAAUGACGACCUUCGAUUACGAUCAUUCGGGAAAGAAGACAGAAGAAAAACCACCCCUUUUUUCUUUGACAAACGCUAUGUGGGUUGAUCACCAUUGCCAGUUCAAAUCAUCUUUCAAAAAAAUCACUGAAACCAUCUACAAAGCCAAAGUGGAAAAUGUUGACCUUGUUAAGCAGGCUGAACAAGUUAGGACAGAUGUGAAUUCAUGGGUAGAAAAUGAGACGAAAGGUCUGAUCAGAAACAUUUUGCCAGAGGGUACACAACUGGGACCACCACUUUGUCUUGCAAAUGCAUUAUAUUUCAAGGGAACUUGGGAACAAGCCUUUCGUCCCUCCAUGACUAAAGAUAGAAACUUUCACCUUCUUGAUGGAAGAACUAUCCAAGCACCUUUCGUAAAUAGUCACCAUGUUUACCACUACUAUGCAUCCAAUGAUGAUUUCAAGGUGCUCAAACUCCGAUACCAAAGAGGCGAAAGCAAUCGUGACAAACAAUUUUCUAUGUACAUGUUUCUUCCUCAUAAGAAAUGUGGAUUACAAGAUAUGGUGGAAAAAUUCAAUUCCCAUACAAAAUUGUUAUCACUCGAGUAUGUUAAUCGUCAUAUGAGAGAAGUGAAACUUUCUCACGUGUCAAUUCCCAAGCUAAAAUUCCAAUAUGAUGUUGAUGCUAAGAAAUUACUUAAGCAAAAAGGACUAACACUGCCCUUCAGUGCCGAGGAUGCAGAUUUCUCAAACAUGGUUGAUUGUGGCGAUGUUUAUAUUGCUUUUAUGGUUCAUAAAUCUUGUAUAGAAGUGAAUGAGGUAGGAACAGAAGCUGCUGCAGCCACCGAUAUUGGUAUGUUUUACAGUAGUCCUCCACAAAUAAAUCGUCCUCCUCCUCUUCCUACUUUUGUGGCAGACCAUCCCUUCAUGUUUAUGAUUGUUGAAGAGUUUUCGAAUCUUAUUGUUUUCUAUGGAGCUGUUCUUCAUCCUCAGAAGUGAAAACCCCUCUUGUUAUUAGUUGCUAGCUAGUUGAUUUUCUUUUUGUUACCUUAUUAGCUAAUAAUCUUUUUCAUGGAUAUUAUUAUUAUUAUUAUUAUUAUUGUAAAC